CCCAAAGAAUAUAGAGCAUCUCCCGCUCUUUUAGUGUUAUUAUUAUCGUGAUCCGGCUAAUAAAUCCUUGUCUAGUGCCUCCCCCUCCUCCUCCUCCUCCUCUCUUCUCUUCCUCCUCCUCCUCCUCGUGUUGUAACAUGCAAUUAGUGAUCCUGCAACCAAAUUUCCGGGGGUGCUAAAGUUCAGUUCGCUUAGAGUCACCAUGGGGAAUGGGAUGAACAAGAUCUUGCCUGGCUUGUACAUUGGCAACUUCAAAGAUGCUAGAGAUGCAGAGCAAUUGAACAAGAAUAAGGUUACCCACAUUCUCUCCAUCCACGAUAGUGCUCGACCUAUGCUUGAGGGAGUUAAAUACUUGUGCAUUCCUGCUGCCGACUCACCAUCUCAGGACUUGACCAGGCACUUCAAAGAAAGCAUCAAAUUCAUUCAUGAGUGCCGGCUUAGGGGUGAGAGCUGUCUUGUUCACUGCCUGGCGGGGGUGUCGCGGAGCGUGACGCUGGUAGUUGCCUAUGUUAUGACCGUCACUGACUUUGGCUGGGAGGAUGCACUGCACACUGUCCGGGCAGGACGAUCCUGUGCUAAUCCCAACGUGGGCUUCCAGAAGCAGCUCCAGGAGUUUGAAAAGAAUGAAGUUCAACAGUUUCGGCAGUGGCUGAAGGAAGAGUAUGGAGAAAGCCCUCUGAGAGAUGCAGAACAAGCCAAAAGCAUUCUGGCUCACAGAACCACAAGAAUGAAAAGAGGUGUUCGUCCAACCCCAAUAAAGGUGUUGCAACCCAGUUCCUCUGAAUUCCACCCCAAAAAGAUUCCCGAAUAAGAAGAGUCAUUCUCCAGUGCACUAUAGGUUGGAUGUAAAAGGUGAGCUUUUUGCGGGUUGGAGUGGGAAUUUGAUAACGUGUCUCUAAGCGAACAGUGACCAACACAAAUAUGGAUUAGAAGAGAGGGAUGUUUGGAAAAUAUAUGGUAACAUAUAACCACACAAAACUAAAAAAGUUACCCAAAAGGUGUAGUACAUUUUUCUUAAAGCAAAAAAAACCCACCCAACUUUGUUUAGCUUAAUCAAAAAAUUUUAGUUCUAUUUUGAUAGGGCAUAAAUGUGUGAAUGGUUGGGUGCGUGUGUGAUAUUAUGGUGCAUCUAAACUUAUUUACAUAUAUUGUAAAAUGUUUUGAUGUCUGUUGCCAGUGAUAUUCUUUCUCCACAGCAAAACCUGGAUGUCUGAAAUAUUUGACAUUAUUAAGAAGACUGUAAUGUACUGUUGGAGAAUUCUGCUUAUUGUAAUAUUCCGGAAGUUGGUUUUUGCAUUCCUGCACUUUCUUGGAUUCUAAAAAUCUUCUGUAUUUGGAGUCGUACUGCCAAAAAGGCCCCACCCUGUAGUAGUUUUCUCUGUAUGAGAUUCUAAAUGUAGAACAAUCUUUUAUAGGCUUUUUUAUUAAAAAAAAUGCUCUCAUUAUAUAAUUUCAGGGUCGGGGUUACUAUUUUAACAAAAGAAGAAGAAAGUAUUUUCAUGUUAAAACUGCAGCUUUAGUUGGAUGACUGGGAAAACAUGACAGUAGAGAUUUUAUCCAAUAUCCUGUGACUGUUGUUGUUAAUAAUGAUUGCUCCUUACGACUGCAUAAUUGAAAAGCUCCCAGUUCAUGAAAAACUCUAAGCCACGAGAACCCACUGUCAUAGAAUGCAGCAUUAUUAAGUCAGCAUCAAGGAAAGUUUCUGUCCCGUUUGCUUUUUGUUUGUGGUAUAUAUUCUUUCUAGUAUGUAUUUAAUAAAAUCAAUGUGUUUUUAUAAAUAAAGAUCAACUUUGUUAACUAACUGAAA